CCCGUACGGCGGAGCGCUUAGGUACUUAACCUCUGAUAAAUCACAUUCCUUGGAAUUUUCAUUAGAAAUACAAAGAAACAUGAAAUAGCGCGGAACGCAGCCGUGGAUACAAACAAAUGACAAGAUAGUUUGAUAAUGUUAGCCCAGAGCAUUGCCGAUGUAAACACUUACUUGGAAACCUAAUGCAGCUAGACUACUUUUUGUCCUUUCGUUCUCUCACUGACUACUGCCAGUUGGCUAGCUAAUCACAACUAAUAUUCACCUGAAGCGUACCGUUGACUGAUAACGACGCCAGUAUUGACUUUGUAAAGAGCUGUGGUUUUGUUGGGAUUGCAAAGAAGAUCGAAAGAUUUCAGCUGCUCGGGAGACGAUUUGCUCGGACAGAAACCGUUGUGGAAGGAUCCCCGGCUCUCGGUGGGAUGUUAGCAGGCUGAAGGAGCAUGGUAAAGCAUCAGCCCCUGCAGGUCUACGAGAGGCAGCUGUGUUUGUCAUGUCUGACCGGGAUUUAUGGCUGCCGCUGGAAACGGUACCAGCGGUCACAUGAUGACAGCACCAAGUGGGAGUGCAUGUGGUUCGUCAUCCUCUGCUCCACGUUCUUCCUGCUCCUGGUGUGGUCCUACUUCUGGUGGGGGGCUCAGAACGACUACAACGAGUUUAACUGGUCUUUGUUUAACCGGUCUGGGGAGUGGAGCGAUGGGACCAUCCCCAUACUCGCCACAACAGCUGCUGGAUUCACCUACAUUACAUUCUUAAUGAUUUUAGCACUUUGCCACAUAGCAGUGGGACAGCAGCUGAAUCUGUACUGGCUCCACAAGAUUGGUGUGACGGCAGCCUUAAUGACCACCAUCACAGGCGUGAUCUCCAUGGAUGAGCUGUGGGGAGAGGAGUGGGAUGUCGUCCUGAUUUCACUGCAGGCCACAGGUCCCUUCCUGCACUUAGGAGCUCUGGCUGCCGUCACAGCGCUGGGCGGGCUGGUCGCCUGUCAUGUCAUCCGUGCCGAGAAAACAAGGUUCCAGCUCUUCCUGCUCCUGCUCUACCUGAGUGUCCUGCUGGCUCUCUACCUAGCCCCCCUCACCAUCACCUCCCCAUGCCUCAUGGACCGGGACAGCCUCAAACAACGGCCAGACGUCAUUGGCCAUCGGGGUGUGCCAAUGCUGGCUCCUGAGAACACCCUCAUGUCCUUCAACAAAGCCCUGCAGCACAGCGUCAGCGGGCUGGAGGCCGACGUGGCCAUCAGCCUGGACGGAGUGCCCUUCCUGAUGGGUGACCGCACGCUGAGGAGGACCACUGACGUUGAGAAGGUCUUCCCAGAGAGGCAGUUCCACGACGCCUCCCUGUUCAACUGGACGGAGCUUCGCGCUCUCAACGCUGGGAAGUGGUUCCUGAGGGAUGACCCCUUCUGGACGGUGCAGUCCAUGUCCCAGAAAGACCAGAACCGGGCCGCGAACCAGACGGUGUGCAACCUCCAGGACCUGCUGCGCGUGGCGGUGCGGUCCAACCAGUCGGUCAUCUUCAACCUGCGCAGACCCCCACCGGAGCACCCGCGCUACUACAGCUGGAUCACAGACACGCUGCAGGCGUUCCAGCAGUCCGGAAUACCGGAGGAGCAGGUGAUGUGGACUCCAGACUGGGACCGGGAGGUGGUACGGCAGGAGGCCCCUGGCUUCCAGCAGACCUCGGGAGUCAAGCUGCCUGCGCAGACCCUCCGGCAGAGAGGUAUCGUCAGACUCCACUUGCGCUACAACCAGGCCAGUCCUGCGGAAAUCCGAGAACUCUCGGAGAACAACAUCAGCCUCACUCUGUACACUGUGAACGAGCCGUGGCUCUUCUCAGUGCUGUGGUGCAGCGGUGUGGCAUCCGUCUCCUCCGACGCCCCUCACAUCCUUAAAAAGGUGCCUUACCCCAUCUGGGUCAUGAGCCCAGAAGAAUACAGCUUGAUCUGGAUAACGUCAGACCUUGUGUCCUUUGCAAUUAUAAUAGGAAUAUUUGUGUUCCAAAAGUGGAGACUGAGCGGCAUGCGCAGCUACAACCCGGAGCAGAUCAUGCUGAGCGCCGCCGUGCGCAGGUCCAGCCGGGACGUCAGCCUCAUGAAGGAGAAGCUCAUCUUCUCAGAGAUAAACAACGGCACCAGCAGCGCGGAGGAGCUGUCGCUGUACACAGAGAAUGGAUACGACGGCUACACCAAUGAGGGCAUCGCCCACUGACCGCCACCGCACCGCACUGACUUUUUAACUGACAAAAAAAGAAAAGAAUUUCAAAAGUUUUUUUCUUUAAACAUCAUCCUUUUUUUGUAUUAACAAAUGAUGAAUUCAAAAUGGUGAACAAGAUUUUUUUUUUUUUUUUUUUUUCUGGAGCUGCCGACUUGACCGCUCAAAGUCCAAAGCUCUGGCUGUGUACAUUUUGUAAAUACGGUUACAGCCUCCAUCCUUUUUCGCUUGACGUAGAACUUCGGCGUGCCAGGUGCAGACGGUCUGCGAGAAGCGCGUUUCUGGAGGGACUGAGUCUUGACACAGGCCUCCUUUCACUUGUGUGUUUUGAUUGGCUGUUGGACUGUCAGCCACUUCCUUGUCCUGCCUCAGAGCACUGGGUGUUUUAUUCAGGCAAUACACAAAGUAUCUGUUGCCAGGUCUUUGAUAUUUUUGUCACUUCUCCACUGUAUCUUGUUUUUCAGGAGUAAGCACAGACUCAGUGUGCUGUUACAGUGUUUACCUGCAGCCUGUCAGGUAAAUGGACCUUCGCAUCCCUGCCUUGUAAAAAGUUUACCCGAACUUGCAGUGUUUCGCAGGUUAAACACAACACAUAGCAGAGUGCUACACGUCUAUAAGUUAAAGGGGUGAUUUAUCAUCCAAGAAGAAUCCCAUAAUGGGUAUGAGGGGUGUUGUUUUCUUUAUACAUAGUUUUUCAUUUUUAACUCUGCGUACCUGCAAACCACAUCAGAGGGAAAAUGGGUUCAGUCGAAAAGAAAGGUUCCUGGAGCCUGGUCUUCAGCAUCUGUGUUUAAGGUUUGGAAAACAUUGAGUUUGAACAACAGCUAUACUGCUGAAAUGACGAGAGCUUUCUUCAGUGGAGGAAGGUGUGCGCUUGGUAAUAAUGUAGCCUCAUGUGAAUUGAUACUGUGUUGGACCUCCUGGUCUAAGUGUGCUAUGCUACUCGGAGUGUUACAUAUUGCUGUAUGCUUAUAGAAUCUGAAUCACCAUAAGCUGGAGUGUUUUAAUGAUCUGUGGACAAGUAAUUCCAUUUGUGUUUUCUCCAUCAGUCAGGCUUGAAUAACCUGUGCUUGAUUUACACUGACAUCAUUCUCAUCAAGCAUACAUAUAUAAGUGUUGUGUUUGUCAUAUUUAAUGAAACAUGACGCUAAAUUGAUUGUUUGAGAUGUGCAAGUGAAAUAUAAUUAUGAGGAAAGAACUGAUGCACAAAAGAUUUUGAUUGAAGUAUUGAUUUAAGUAUUUGUGUGCGGUGUAACAUGAAAACAGCAAGCCAUUAGCUGAAAAUGAAUUGCAUUCUAUACCUCCAUCAGUGGAGACCUGUGGGCUGCCUUAAUUUACCAAUGUCCAGGACCAUUACUUCGGGGAAGAAGUUAAAUGCAGAGUUCAUAAAAGCAUGUUGGCAUUUGUCCCAAUGUAGUUUUUGAACACUUUUGAACACUUCUCUAUCCUUCAGAGAAAUUUAAGGCGGCUAUUUGAGGAACGAAUCAGGAAGUGUAACAUAGCACAUGAAGAAGAAGAAAUGAUAAAGUUGCAUCUUCAGGGACAACCUUAAAUGACAUUGAAUAACGACUUAUGAGUCAUGUUCUUCAGAUUGUCCCUCAGAUGCUGGACCAUGUUACCAUUUUAGUCAGUGAAAUUUUCAGAAUAAAAUUGCUAUCAGAGGCAUCCUGAUCAAGUCAUUUGUUUCUUAGCUCUGUCUCUGGAAACCUGGUGAAUGUAAGCUGGGUACACUGUCUGCUGGAACAGGUGUCCCCUGCCCUACCCUUUACUCUGCAUUGUUGGAACUUCAGUUUUGUUGGUGGGAAUGAGUGCCGGUAAAUGUGUAGCAUGUCAUUCAUGUUCUGAAUGAAAUGCGUGAAAAUGACCCCUCAAUAACAUCUAACUACGUCGACUCCAUGCGAGGUCAAGGCAAGAUAAAAAGACUAAUGGGUCCCCAGCAUCCUUCAUCAAGACAGUCAAAGAGGAUCUUGCCACACAGUGAAUAUCUUCAGCUCAGUGUGGUUAAGUACAGAUCAGAAAACAAGCCCAGUGAGAAUGUUAUGGCCUAUUUCUUAGUGCUUGAAAUACUGUAGUAUAUGUUACAUCUCAGUGUAUCCUUGAACUCUCUAAUGAGCUACUGAAUCCUCUUAUAACUCUAAAUUGCAUUCAGCUACCGGAUUCUGGUUGGGCUAGAUUUUAUUAGUGUAUCCAAGAUGUGCUGGAAACAUCUUAAAUGUUUGAAUGUCUGUGUUAUGACAUCAUUGCUGCUUUUGUCCAUUUCUUUUUCUUUUUUGUUUUUUUAUUGUUUGUUUUUAUUACAUUGUAUUUUUUUAUUCUGCGGGCAACAUGCACACUGAAUUCUGAGCUUCACACAUAGUAGAGUACCAAUCGACCAAUCCCAGCAAAGCUGUCAAUAAAGAGAUUCCCCUGCAUGACUUUUGAACAUGCAGAAAUGUACAGCUCACUGAAGUGAUUUAAAAGAAAAUUGUUUAUUGUCUUGGAUACAAUGAAAU